CGCAGUUGCGCAGCUGCUGGCGGGCUACACUGUACGCGGGAUGGGAGUGGAAGCUGUGGGUAUGGCUGCUCGUCGAGCUUUGCACUUCGUGUUCAAAGUGGGAAACCGCUUCCAGACCACGCAUUUCUUUCGCGAUGUCCUGGGGAUGAAGAUUCUGCGGCAUGAGGAAUUUGAAGAGGGCUGCAAAGCUGCCUGUAAUGGGCCCUAUGAUGGGAAAUGGAGUAAAACAAUGGUGGGAUUUGGACCAGAGGAUGAUCAUUUUGUCGCAGAACUGACUUACAAUUAUGGCAUCGGACACUACAAGCUUGGCAACGACUUCAUGGGCAUCACACUCGCCUCUAGCCAGGCCGUCAGCAGUGCCCGGAGGCUGGGGUGGCCACUCAGCGAAGUUACAGAAGGUGUUUUUGAAACUGAAGCCCCUGGAGGAUAUAAGUUCUUUUUGCAGAACCGAAGUCCACCUCAGGCAGACCCUGUAUUAAAAGUCACUCUAGCAGUGUCUGAUCUUCAGAAAUCCUUAAACUACUGGUCUAAUCUAUUGGGAAUGAAAAUUUAUGAAAAAGAUGAAGAGAAGCAAAGGGCAUUGCUGGGCUAUGCUGAUAACCAGUGUAAGCUGGAACUACAGGGUAUCAAGGGUCCCGUUGAUCAUGCUUCAGCUUUUGGAAGAAUUGCCUUUUCUUGCCCCCAAAAAGAGUUACCAGACUUAGAAGACUUAAUGAAAAGGGAGAACCAGAAGAUCCUGACUCCCCUGGUGAGUCUGGAUACCCCAGGAAAAGCAACAGUGCAAGUGGUCAUUCUGGCUGACCCUGACGGACAUGAAAUUUGCUUUGUGGGGGAUGAAGCAUUUCGAGAACUUUCUGAGAUGGAUCCAGAAGGAAGCAAGUUGUUGGAUGAUGCAAUGGCGGCAGAUAAAAGUGAGGAAUGGUUUGCUAAGCAAAAUAAACCAAAGGCUUCCGGUUAACAGAAAACAUCUGUGGAACGGGCAUUUGUGAUUCCUGUCCAGCACCUGCGAGGCCUGGUGUGUCCAUGCCUGAUAAAUGCUCUCACGACUCGGUUGUUUCCCAUACAGGGAAGGAGGCUAGAGUGGUAGAGAUCUGUGUGUUCUAAUCUUUGAAAGCCCCCAAGAUAUAUUGUAGAAAUAAAAUCUUACUGUAAUCA